UCGGAGAUUUCUCGCUUAAAAAAUAUCACCUAUGCGUUAAAACUUAUAGGAUGUGGCAACCUGAUAAAAAUGGGCUAAAUCAAAUUCUCCAACUCUUAAAAGAAUCACAGAAUCCUGAUACAAAUUCCCAAAGGGCAGUGCAACAAAAACUGGAAGAAUUAAAUAAAUUCCCAGAUUUUAACAAUUACUUAAUAUUUAUAUUAACCCAGUGGACAACUGAGGAUGAAGCUACUAGGUCAUUAAGUGGCCUCAUUCUAAAGAGUAAUAUACGAGCACAUUUUAAAAAUUUCCCUCAAGAAAUUAAAAAUUUUAUCACCAAUGAAUGCAUUAAAAAUAUUGGCGAUAAAUCACCAUUAAUUAGAGCAACAAUUGGCAUACUUAUUACAACUAUAGGAUGUAAAGACAAUAAUUUGCUAAAUGAAAUACUUCAAAAGCUAUGUAGUUUAUUGGAUUCAAAAUCAUCCUUAGAAGUAGAGGGGGCAUUUAGUGCACUACAAAAAUUAUGUGAAGAUUGUGCUGAAAUAUUGGAUAAAGAUACAUCAGAAAAUAAUUGCUUGAACUUUAUGAUUCCAAAAUUUUUACAAUAUUUUAAGCAUGAGAAUCCAAAAAUUAGAGCCCAUGCAGUUGCUUGUGUAAAUCAAUUUAUAAUUAGUAGAACACAAGUCUUAUCCCAUAAUUUUAAUUUGUUUCUUGAGAAUUUAUUUUCAUUGGCCACUGAUAAUGAUAUUGAAGUUCAAAAGCACUUAUGUAGAGCAUUAGUAAUGUUGAUUGAAGUUAGAAUAGAUAGGCUCAUUCCAUAUUUAGGAAAUAUGAUAGAAUACAUGCUAAUUAGAACACAAGACAAUGAAGAAACACUAUCCCAAGAAGCUUGUGAAUUUUGGCUUUCUAUAGCCGAACAGCCAAUGUGUAAAGAAAUUCUUACUCCUUAUAUUUCAAGACUUGUACCAGUUUUGGUGUCUAGAAUGAAAUACUCUGAGAUUGACAUUAUUUUAUUAAAGGGAGAUACAGAGGAAGACCACAUGGUACCCGACAAAGAUGAAGACAUUAAACCCCGGUUUCACAAAUCUAAAUGGCACCAGACCGAUCUACCCCGACCUGUCCAACCCCUUUUAAAUGGCGAUAAAAACAAUGGAUGCAAGGAAAACUUGGAUUCAAAUGAACAAGACGAAAGUUUGAAAGAAGUCGAUGAGGAUGAAGAUGAGGAUGAUGAUGACGACGACACACUUACUGAUUGGAAUUUGAGAAAAUGUUCUGCCGCUGCCUUGGACGUUCUAGCCAACGUAUUUAAAGACGAAAUACUGCCAUCGCUUCUACCUAUCCUUAAAGAGACAUUUUUCAGUAGCGAUUGGAUAGUCAAAGAAUCGGGAGUUUUAGCUUUGGGCGCGAUUGCAGAAGGGUGCUUCAUAGGAAUAUCUGACCAUUUACCUGACCUAAUCCCUUACCUUAUCAAUUGUUUAUCCGACAAAAAAACCCUGAUCAGAUCUAUAACCUGCUGGACCCUUUGCAGGUAUUCCAACUGGAUCAUCAAUCAGCCUCACGAAAAGUAUCUAAAGCCAUUAAUCACCGAGUUACUAAAACUGGUAUUAGAUUCAAACAAAAGGGUUCAAGAGGCCGCCUGUAGCGCUUUUGCCACCUUGGAAGAAGAAGCUUGUACCGAACUCGUCCCCUACCUCGAUUUUAUUAUAUCCACCCUCGUUUUUGCCUUCAAUAAAUACCAGCAAAAAAAUUUACUCAUUCUGUAUGACGCUAUUGGCACGUUAGCCGAUUCGGUUGGGAAUCACUUAAACAAACCCGAAUAUAUCAAUAUGUUAAUGCCACCCCUCAUUGCCAAAUGGAAUACAAUCCCGGAUGAUAGCAAGGACCUUUUCCCCCUUUUAGAAUGCUUAUCAAGCAUUGCCACAGCAUUAAACAUGGGAUUUUUGCAAUACGCCGAACCCGUUUACAAGAGAUGCCUCUCCUUGAUUCAACAAAAUUUAGAACUUGCAAUAAAAAGUGGUUCUAGCAAUGAAAUAGAACCUCCAGACAAAGACUUUAUGAUAGUUGCCCUGGAUUUAUUGAGCGGGAUUGCGGAAGGCCUCGGCGACAAGAUAGAAACUCUUGUAUCUAACACCAACACCAUUCAAUUAUUAGGUCAAUGCAUGAAGGAUCCUAUGCCAGAAGUUAGGCAAAGCUCGUUUGCGCUGCUAGGAGAUUUCGCAAAGUCUUGCUUUCACCUUGUCAAACCUAAUAUAAAUGAGAUCAUGUCGAUAUUGAGUCAAAAUUUAAGUCCGGAAAACAUAUCGGUUUGCAACAAUGCCACAUGGGCUAUCGGCGAAUUAGCCAUGAAAUUAGGAUCUGACAUGAGUCUCUACAUACCGUACGUAUUGCCUCCUCUAGUUGAAAUAAUUAAAAAGCCGAACGUAACCAAAACUCUUCUUGAAAAUACUGCGAUCACGAUUGGAAGAUUGGGUUUGGUUUCUCCACAAGAAGUCGCUCCCUCUCUGCCUCAAUUCAUUAAACCAUGGUGCACAUCCUUACGUAAUAUUCGCGAUAACGAUGAAAAAGAUUCGGCAUUCCGAGGCAUUUGCGCUCUGAUAUUCAUCAACCCUCAAGGAAUUUCAAACGAGUUCAUAUACUUCUGCGACGCCAUAGCCUCUUGGAUUAACCCGCAACCGGAUUUAAAGGAGAUGUUUGUCAAGAUUUUAUCCGAAUUCAAGAAUCAAUUCGGCGAAGAGAUUUGGAAAACUUUUUCCGACCAAUUUCCGGUCCCAUUAAAAGAAAGGCUAACUUUGUUCUAUGGAAUAUGAAGGUUAACACUGAUUGCGACUGUGGGCGGCGUGCUUAGUUUGAAAACGAUAUCCAAAUAAUUUACUUUUGCAUUCAACAUUUAUUAUUUGUUUUUUUUUCUUCAAGUUUUUAUAUUUUUUAUUAAUAUUUGAAUGCAUAUUUUUGUUAGUGGUAAAUUAAUCGUGAUAUUACGAUAUAAACUACCAUCAAUAUAAUAUAUGUUUUUAUUUUAUUUUCGUCAUUAAUAUCACAUAUUAAUCAACACCACCAUUAUCCGCGUUUUAAGGCAAGCUGCAUGUGUGUCGUUUUUCAUUUUCGUGAAGAUUUUUCAAAAUAUUACACCACUAAAUCAUUUCAUCGUUAUUCAGGUCUAAAUCUCCCUCCCCCAAUUCGACAUUGAUUAAAAAUCUGUCUUGAAAUAAUGCACACACUCAUUUAAUGCUGGCUCAUAUAAAAGGGUUUACCAUUUUUUUUGUAAACUUGAUAUUAUUUUUGUAGAAAAAAAAGUAUUUAAAUUUCAUUAAUUUUUUAAAAAUAAAAAUUAGUUCUUCCUUGUAAAUUUUAUUAAUUCUAAGUUAAAAUUAAAUUAAUUUUUUUUUAUAUACCUAUCUUAAACUAACCUAUACAUAGUUUAAGAUUAUCCUAGCGGUUUAUACCCAUUCUAAUCUAUAUAUUGAUAUACGUCUUAUAAUAUUUUAUUUUUUUAAAAUUAAUCAAUAAUUUAGCUGUAUUUUCUCACUAAUAUUUUUUUGUAACUCUGGUACUAAAUAUUUGUAUAUAUUAAUAAAUAUUCCAUUUUUAUAAAAUUGACACUGUUUAAAAUAGCCAUAUGACUCUAAAUAUUCACCCAAAAAAACACAUUUCAAACAUAUAUUUUUUAUGAAACUUGCAAAGAUUAAAUAU